GGACCAAGAAGAAACACUGACAUCCGGAUUAAGAAACGACUGACAAUUUAAUCUUCAACGAAUCAUAUUGACAAGUAUUUGAACGGUUUUGGAUCACAGUUGUCAUUUGUGAUAUUCGAGUGGAUAUGAAUUCGCUUGUGGGAUACGGGGUAUCAUCUGAGUCAGAGGAUGAAGAGAAGGGAGAAGACUAUCAAAAGGAGUCCUUCAAAAAGACGGAUUGUGCUGUAAAGGAGGCAAAAAGCCGUAAUUUCCUGUUGGAGUCGGAAUCGCCGUCCAGUGAGUCUGAAUCUGGUCCAGAGAACGAGGAUCAAGAGGAGGCACCUACUGCCAAACGCUCCUUUUCUGAGUCCUUGCUGACCCAGUCCCUCCGUCCUCACACUCACAAGCUCCCGCCUCCACCUCUGGGAGGCUCCAGCUCGGGUGGAGCGCUUACAGGCAGCAGUGUGUUUGCUAACCCCUUCAAAGUAAUGGCUGAGGAAAGACUGAAUGUCCUGCAAAAACAUGUACCUCUUACUUUACAAGCUCGCCCCACUCAGAUCGGCGGUAAGCGCAUUUGUGUGGCCUACAGGAAGGAUGGUCGCUGCCGCUUUGGAAGCCGCUGCAAGUUCGCACAUGACAGCGAUCUGCAGAGUAACUGUGUGGUCACCUCUGCUAAUGGACCAAAAGACGAUGAUAAUGUUGCAGGUUCACAUAAUCGUGAUCCGCUGGCUUCUUGUGUGGAAGACACAGACCCAGACGGAGAGAAAGACAAUGAACAGCGAAAGAAAAGAAGAGUGGGAGUGAACGAUUCUCUCAUUCCACCAAAACGUGCACUCAAGCAGUAUGCCAGACUCUCACACCCCUAAAAGACAUUAUAAUGCUGCUCAUUGGGCAACAACUCCCUUUUAUGUGAAAAUCAGUCAUGAUGCUGUGUGUUAUAUUUAUUUAAUUAAUAUGCUACUAAUAACAUCAUCAGUCUGUAAAAUGUGGA